UCAUUUUUCUACUUCAUUGAAGCCUAUAAUCGCCUAAGUUAAAUUGACGACAAAUUGCUAGUUACAUUUAAUGUUGACAAUGCAUUUGUACAUUAUAAUUUUAUUUGUGAUACCUAAGUGUUUUCAUGCAGCUGCCAACUUUUGGGAUCGAAGUAACCAUUUGCGACAUGAUGGUGGGCUGUGCUUCGAGAUACCACCAUGGCAACACCAACCUGUUGAAGUUGAGGAACAUCUAAAUAAGCUGAAAGAUGUUUUAGGGAAAAGAACUGACCGACGUCAGUUCAGAACAUCAAGUUUAUUAUUAGUGAACAAUGAAAUAAACCGUUACAUGUCUACGGUGAUUGCGCCAUUUCUCGACACUUACCAUCGGGGUAUCCAAAAUAAUUACCGACAGUUGACACGUAAGAUACUGAAACAAAUAAAAGAUGAAGUUGUGGCCGCCAUAAGAGAGAAAGAAAAGAUUUAUAAAGAAUUGAUUGAACUAGCGGACACAUUGAAAGUUCCAGAGAUGUGUGACGAAGAACGCCGUGCCGCACGUACCCUGGCCAGUAAGCAUGUGGCCAAGACCUACCAAUGCACCGAGGAAGCCAGGGCUUCUAUUACCGAAAUGGGAAUAUACGCUGAAGAAAUGAUCAAUAUCACUAAACGCCACAUGCAAGUAGCAGUCGCUGACGCUACCCAAAAUUUAGAUGAGACUAUACCAAAAGCAAAUGUCACGAUGUGCCUACGUGAAAUAUCACGAGUGGCUGCUUCACUUGGCUACGAGUUGGAUCUCAGUCUUACAAACGCACGUAGACACAACACACAGUCCUCCGAGAAACUAACCAAAUGCUGCGUCGAAGUGCGUAUCAACACCGGCAAAGAAGUUAAAGCUCUAUCCGAAUAUCUAUAUCAAUGUGUUUAUGCGUAAACCGAGACGACUUCACCAUAGUUUCCAUUUCUCUACUGAAUUUUCAAAUUUUCAACUAACGUGGUCAUAUCUCAUAGUUUAUAACUCACACGAGUUGAGGUAUAAUUAAGCUUUGCUCUUAGAAUUUUCAUACACACAUUGUUUACACUAAUUGCAUUAUAGUGGCAUAAAAAUUAUUUGAGGCUGAUCUUGUGUAUGGCCAAUCUCUUUUUAAUGUAAAGUUUGUGUCAUUAUUGGCACAUGGCAUUGGUCAUUGGCUUUAUAAUUUUGUCAUUGGUGGCAUUGGUUAUUAUAAUUUGGGCCCCACGUGAAAAGAUAUACUCAACAAUGGUGGAGGGAAUAUAAUAUAUGUUUUCUCACUAUUUUUACAUGAAUUUUAUGGAAUUUACCCGUUCUACCCGCUCAUGUAUCCGUUCAUUUUGGGUAUGUUUGGACACACUUUGCAAGGAUCCCUCCUUAGCUAUUACUCAGUAUCUACGUAAUGUGUGCCUCUGAGUACCGAAUAACUUCACUACGCUUGGGAAACGGCAUGCUGGUAGUUAUUUGCUUAGAGAUUCACCACUUACUUUGCAUUGCGUAUAUUGAAACUCACAAAAGUGGCAUUGUCUAUGGCUGGCUAUUUGUUAUGGGAAGUUUUAGUUUGUUAUUAUUUCUAUGGAAUAAGCGUGAAGCAGUAAUGGUAGAAAAUUAGUAAAAUAUAUUUUUUUUAUUAAAAAAACACUCUUAUUUAACCGUAUUUUAGUGACCACAUUUGGCUCAGGCCCAGUUUACGUAUAGUUCUAGCCUUCAUAGUUACCAGCAAUCAUCACCAGAGCCUAAUGGUGACUAAAUAAAUAAAAUGUAACUCUAUUUAAACCUUAAACCCCGUCUUCUUUCAUUGCUACAAGGUCAAAGUUUAAUAAUAUAAAAGAGGGAUAAGUAAAAUUUACCCAAAAAUGUAAACAGCAACUCCUACAUUUGUUAUUACUAUAUAUAUUUUUUUAACAGGUUGUGGUACUUAGUGAUAGGAGUUAUACUAUAUCGGUCACUUAUACGUACCCUUGUUACUGUCCCUUCUAAUAAUGGCCCAUCCUGAUUUGCGUUUAUUCCAACUCGCCAGAGCGAAAUCGAAUUAUUCAAAUAUUUAGACAACGAGAGACCGUUAAUGAAUUUAAAUUAGUUUCUCAGUUCGCACAGUUAUGGUAUUUAAUCAAUGGCUUUAAUUUGCUUCAAGGGUGGCUUUGUACGAGCUGACGUCUCUUACGGACGGAUAUUUGCUCAUUUAAUUAUAAAAAGGGUAUUAAUUGAGUUGACGUGUCAUUUUGUUGUAACUUAACGUAAUAUGACGAAACGUAACGACAUUAAUUGUCAGCACUAUGCAGCUGAUCCGCUGUCAUUAAUAAAAGUUUCAUGUUGUUAUUGAAUUAAUUAGCAGCAGUGUUGGGCUACUACCCUGAGUUUGUAGGUUCGAACUCCAGCUUUAUGCUAGGUGCUCAUUUAACAUGCCCUCGUACGGUAAACAAAAACAUCGGGAGAAACCAGUUGCCUUAAAACAAAAAAUCGGACGCGUGUACCAGGCUCAGAAAACUGCUACCUAUUAGAAAAAAAAUGACCACGAGACAUACAGAAAUCGAAGCUAUCUAAGUAAGGGUUGUAGUAUUUUUUCUGUUAUUAUAAUUUUAUGCAAAAUUUAUAGGAAUCACUUCAAAAAGGCUGCACUUGUAAAUCAUCGCAUACAAAUUAUUCAUUGGGGCUUUAUUUAAUUCC